UUUAAACGUCACAUGGCAGGGAGCGGAUGGUGUCUGUAAUGAAAUUACAUAUGGAAUAGCCGAAAGAGGACUCGCGUGCGCUUAAACUGGAAUUUAUUUGAUGCUGAAUGCCUACGAUUUUUUAAAUAUAUGAGUUUCACACGGCCGUCUUUUUAAUGCGGGACAUGUACAUGCCUGAUGAUGUUAUAUUUUCUGUGGAUUUUCCAGUAGACAACUGUUCCAGGCUAGUGGUUCGAAAGGAACUGGAGUGAAAGUCCGCCAUAUUCAGUUUUACCACGCCCGGAGUCGAGCGUUUGGGGAAAACAAUUUUAAUGCAUUGACCGCGCUACACAUGCAAUGUUUUCUACAGAGAGUGCGGUUAAACGUGAAAAAGAAGACAGUACCUUUGCUUCGUUCGCAGGAGGAAAACAUUGAUUUUAUAAAAAAACAAAACAAAACAGGACUGAGAUUGUUACCCAUGGCAAACAAAACCCACUAGCUAUGGAGUCACUCUGCCAAAAGGAUCUGUUGCUUUUAAAGUGAGGGAUAUGCGAGUAUAACUACAUCCGCCCUUAGUAGACUCUGUGUAGUCGUGUGCUACAAGUUUUUGCCACUGGUUAAAAACAGACGGGAUUAUCCAGAAUUGCAAAAACUGUUGUUGAUGAAUUACGUCGACCUCUUAUGAAUCGCCCACUCCUUCUACCCUGGUAAACUACAGAAGAACUAUUUCUCUAGCUAAUUAUUAAUACCUACACCCAUGUUUGGACGGGUUUUUUUCUCAAUGGAACUACUGAACAGCUCCUAAACGCGCAAAUCGCUGCUCUGGUCUUUUCAUUCGGAGAAUCAUGACUCUGGACUCCAUAAUGGCGUGUUGCCUCAGCGAAGAGGCGAAAGAAGCGAGGCGGAUCAACGACGAAAUUGAGAGGCAGCUCCGCAGGGACAAGAAAGACGCCCGUCGGGAGCUCAAGCUAUUGCUACUCGGGACUGGAGAGAGUGGAAAGAGUACCUUUAUAAAGCAGAUGAGAAUCAUUCACGGUUCAGGCUACUCUGAGGAGGACAAAAAGGGUUUCACCAAGUUGGUCUACCAGAACAUCUUCACGUCGGUUCAGGCCAUGAUCCGAGCUAUGGACACCCUACAGAUUCCCUACAAAUAUGAACACAAUAAGGGCAAUGCCAAUAUUGUUCGAGAAGUGGAUGUAGAGAAGGUUACAACAUUUGUAAAUCCUUAUGUAGAUGCCAUUAAGAGUUUAUGGAAUGACCCAGGAAUCCAGGAGUGCUACGAUCGAAGGAGAGAAUACCAGUUGUCAGAUUCUACCAAAUACUACCUAAAUUCACUGGAUCGUAUUGCUGACUCAUCGUAUGUGCCCACACAGCAAGAUGUGCUCAGGGUCAGAGUGCCCACAACUGGCAUUAUUGAAUACCCUUUUGACCUCCAGAGUGUCAUAUUCAGAAUGGUAGAUGUGGGUGGCCAGCGGUCAGAGAGACGAAAGUGGAUCCACUGCUUUGAGAAUGUCACCUCAAUCAUGUUCCUGGUGGCACUGAGUGAAUAUGACCAAGUCCUGGUGGAAUCUGACAAUGAGAAUCGGAUGGAGGAAAGCAAAGCGCUGUUUAGGACAAUCAUAACAUACCCCUGGUUCCAGAAUUCUUCAGUCAUUUUGUUUUUGAACAAGAAAGACCUGUUGGAGGAGAAAAUAAUGUUUUCACAUCUUGUGGAUUACUUCCCUGAGUAUGAUGGUGCCCAGAGGGAUGCUCAGGCAGCAAGGGAAUUCAUCCUGAAAAUGUUUGUCGACCUGAAUCCAGACAGUGACAAAAUCAUCUAUUCUCACUUCACCUGUGCAACAGACACAGAAAACAUCCGAUUCGUCUUUGCUGCCGUCAAGGACACCAUCUUGCAGCUCAAUCUGAAGGAAUACAAUCUAGUCUAAAAGAUGUUUUGUUUUUGUUUCUGUCUGCUCAAGAAGCACCUGCAGGCCACAGCUUGACCAUACUCAUAAAUGGCAUGCAGAGAUCGUACUGGUCUAUCUUGGGUUUUUUUUUUUUUUUUUUUUUUUUUUUUUUUCCCCCCUCCUCUCAAGGGCAAUUUGGAGACUGAUGACCUUUUUAUCUUUGGACGAUAAUAUCAAUUAAUACAAACUGCUCACUACUGCAUAAAUAUUUAUUUGCACCUUGGAGCUUGUUCACAGGGUCCAUCUUCAGUUGUUAAUCCAUUUUAAGAAGAAAUUAUGUUAAUGAACUUUUUAUGAUUACAAGCAGUAAAUGCACUCGGAAGAGACAUGCUUUCACCCUCCUGCUCUUUCUGAGGAAUCUGGUUUAAUUCAGUAUCGAAUUUCUCUCUGUCUACAAUUUGAAGAAUGUAUGCAUUUGGUUAACUACUAAGGUAAUUGCAUUUGUUCUUUCACUUUGGUCAUGUUACAUGGUUAUUCUCUGAGGGACGAGUGGUUGUUAAAAUAAUUAAAACCAUUGUCCACUGUAUUCAAGUACUUCAGCUGGUAAUGGCGUUUUUUUCAAAGCCUGAGGAAACUUGGCAAGUUCAGUGGUUAUUCUAAAAGAAGUCAGAUUACCAUGCAUUUGUUGUCUUCAUGAUGAAUAACAGUAGAUGGAUAGGAGUUGAGUAGUAGUAUGUUACAAGUGCCACAUUUUGCUUUUAAAUAUGCUUGUCUUAUAUGUUGCCAAAUUAAUAUUUGCACCACUAACAUUUAACUAUCCCCUUCAUUUUGAAAAUGUUAUUAGUUUAUUUCCUUAACACACCACCUGUCUGUAUUGUCUUCGGGAUAUUUUGCUUUGCUAUUUUGCUCUUGUAAAUUAGCCCUGCUUCACAAUUAGUGUUCACUCUGCAAAUUGCUAAGUCAUUUUACUCAUCAGUAUUUCAGAACAUUGAACUAAUUUGAAGUCAUUAAUUUGUCAAUUUCAAUUGGUGCCAAGUAUCCAAGGAGCCCAAAAGUUUCUCAUUAGGUGGAUCUAGCAUUUUGCCAUAUUGUUAUCUGCAUUUUUAGUGUCAUUUAUAUCAAAUACCAAAAAACCCUCAGUACAAUAUUGAAUACUCUUACUGACAUAGUUAUUGAUUUUGGCCUAGAGGUCAGUUUGUCUAAAACAAGACUGCCUUACCGAACUGCUUUCUAGAAAAGGAUUAGCCCCUGUAAAUGAAAUAAUUUGAUAAUGUGGGAUAUAUACAAACAUUGCUCAGUCUUUCACUAAGGAAAAAUUGUGGUCUUUCCUAACAUUGCUCGAGAAAGUGAAGGCAAUUAAUGCAAUCUCAGUGAUGUGUGUGCGCUUGUGUGUAUAUAUGUUUUUGAUGAACAUCGAAUUCCCUUUUGUUCUAAAUGUGCUUUCAUCAGGUUUGUAACUGUUUAUUGAUGAAGGGCUGCUAUUUUAGAAAGUAACUGGUGGAAUUACUGCUGUGUGAUGUUUACCGUCCAAAUGUUUUUAGAAGUCCUCAUGAUUCCAAGGGCUUUUGGUGUUAAUUUGAAGUUUAAAUCAUUCCUAAGAUCUCAAAUUAAACUUCACUUGCCUGUAAUUCUUGCCAAGCAUUCAGACUAAUCUCUUACAAAUACCAUUUGAGACACUGAGUCACAAAGUUGUAUUUGUAAAGUAUGAUGCUACUAUGAUGUAUGGUGUGCUCUUGCUUCUCUGUGUUUGAGAAAAUUCAUUAUGUCUGAAGAUCAGAGUUGAGCUCUGAAAGAUAUCAAAAGUGCUGGCUUUAAUACAUACUGGGAAUGGAAAACAAAUGUGCUGUUUAAUAGAAGCAAUUUGUAAUGGCAUCCAUUGUUGUUUGCCAUUUUAUUUUUUUAUAUAAUAAAAAUAAUACCAUAUACGUUUGCCCCCAGGUAAGAAUUUAUGAAACAUUUCCAAUGAGUAACACCAGUAUUCUCAUAUUUUUUUUUUCUUUUUUGGUGGUCACUGGUACUGUGCAUAACGUUUGUUGAUCCACACAGCAGAUAAUGGCCUCAGUUCGUUAACUAAAGAAAUUUGUAGGGCUCUAGUGGACUAACCUGAAACCAAAAGCAGUUGCACUUGAAUUGUGAGUCUGACUCAACCCCCGGUUGUACAGUACAUACUUCAUUCCUCCCAUGUUAGUGGUGAUCAGCUGAUAUGCCACGGUCUGAGGUGCCUCAUAUUAUACUUUAAUGAAUUAGCCAUUUGAAAAUGGAACAUGCCUCCCUGGAUGUUUAUGGUGCCAGUAUGGGGUUUGGUAAUUUAAUUGUUCAACAAUAUGCACUCCAAGAGAAGAAAAUGAUUAAAACUCUAUCACUUUGUAUUUGUGCCAGGUCCUCUGUUGCACAGGGUGGGUUUUUUUUGACUGCUAAUUAGCCUUGGUUAGAAGUCUCUGUAGUGUGACCAAAUUCUGGAUCAAAUUCUAAAUUUCAUUCUACUUUAUGUGAACCAUUUGGAGGAAUACCAGAUGCUAUGUAGCUGCAUUCUGCUCAGAAACAUUACUGCCAAGUUGCCAUGUGCUGUUUUCUACUUUCCUCUUUGACUUGGAUUUUGCUCUUUUUUUUGUCAUUAGAACAGUUGUCUAAAAUGCUUUCUAAUUAACUGUUAUGGAAUAAAUUAUUCCAGUUUAUAAUA